ACCAUGAAUUUCUUCAGCUCCAAGAAGGUAGAGCUGCCAAAGCACAACCCGGUGCUCGCCUAUGCGCUCCAGAUCCCGGCGCUGCAGAAGCUCGUCGGGAAACGUGUCAUCAUGGCGUCUAACAGCCCACGCCGGCGCGAGAUUCUGCAGACAUUCGGGCUGGCACCGGAGGUUGUGCCUUCUACCUUUGAGGAGACGCUGCCGUUCGGUGGCUUCCAGGAUCCACACGAGUAUCCCGUAGCAACGGCCUCGCACAAGGCCGUCGAGGUGUACGAACGCCUCGUGACCGAGGACCCUGACGAUGCUCCGGAUCUGGUCAUUGCGGCGGAUACGGUCGUACUGACGCAUCCAUUGCCCGGGCUUUCGAGCAUUCCGCGUUUCGAGGAUGAGGCGCCAUUCCCGCAGGACAUCCUGGAGAAGCCCAUCGACAAGGACGACAACAUGCGUAUGCUCCUCGAUCUUAACGGGGGCGUGUGCGAAGUCGUCACCGGCGUCAGCAUUGUCUUCCCCGUACUUGAGGCUCCAGGGUACAAGAUCAAGUCGAUCGAGGAGCGCACCCUCGUGUACUUCGCGGAGAACGACCGGCAUGUGCUCGAGGCAUACGUUGGGAGCGGUGAAGGGUCAGAUCGUGCGGGCGGCUUCGCUAUCCAGGGCCUCGGCGGGCUGCUCGUGAGCAAGAUCGAGGGCGACUACAACAACGUCGUCGGCUUCCCCGCGACGUCGUUCUUCAAGUUCCUGGAUUUGCUCAUCGAGGAGGAGGUCGACUUCCUUUCGGACUAGAUCGUGUUACCAGUUACCGGUACUUGGACGGACUUGCUAUGUCAUAGAACACUUGCUUGGCAUUGUCGCACUUCAUUUGUAUCUCGACCGUGGGCACCUAUAUAACGUUUUUGC